UUUACUGAUAUCAAAUUGGCUGAUUGGGGACGGAAGGCUAUUCUUAUUGCGGAAAAUGGAAUGCCUGGUUUAAUGGCUUGUCGUAAGAAAUAUGGUCCUUUAAAAAUUUUGAGUGGAGCUAGGAUAGCUGGUUGCUUACAUAUGACUGUACAAACUGCUGUCCUUAUCGAGACAUUAGUUGAGUUAAGUGCUGAGGUUCAGUGGUCCAGUUGCAAUAUAUUUAGUACUCAGGAUCAUGCUGCAGCUGCAAUUGCAGCUGGCGCAGUUACCGUCUACAACUGGUGCAUUGAACAGACCAUACUUUUCCGGGAUAGCAAACCGUUAAAUAUGAUAUUGGAUGACGGCGGCGAUUUAACAAAUUUGGUUCAUGAAAAAUUUCCACAGUACUUGCCUGGAAUCAAGGGCAUAUCUGAAGAGACUACGACGGGUGUUCACAAUCUGUAUAGAAUGUUUAGAGAAGGGAAGUUAGCCGUGCCUGCCAUUAAUGUCAAUGAUUCCGUAACUAAGAGCAAAUUCGAUAAUUUAUAUGGUUGCCGGCAAUCAUAACGUCUGUAGCGCGUUUAAUGCCAUCGAUUAUAGAUUCCCGGCACCCAUAUAAAUUAUCGAAUUUGCUCUUAGU